GUCCGUGGGCAUGCACAUGGUAGGUCUCGAUCAGGCAAAGUCAGUUAUUGUAGGGAGCUGCUCACUGCUCCUUCCUCCAUCAUCAUUCCUGCGGGGUGGGCCUAUUCAUUUCAUAAAGUUAGAGCCACAACGCGUGUUUCGAAGUCGUUUCUCCGUGGAUGCAUAUCCAAACUGACACUGAAUAGCCUACUACCGUUCUAGCCAAGAGGAGAACGGACACCGAAUACCACCGUUCUAGCCAAUAUAACGCUGGGGAUCCAACAGGUGUUCCGUUGACCGGAAUGGAGUACACUUAUGAUGUCGAUUUGGAAGAGCUAUGUCCUGUUUGUGGCGAUAAGGUGUCGGGAUACCACUAUGGACUACUGACGUGUGAAAGCUGUAAGGGUUUCUUCAAAAGAACGGUUCAAAAUAAUAAGAGGUAUACAUGUGCAGAAAACCAGGAUUGUAAAAUUGACAAAACUCAGAGGAAACGGUGUCCAUUUUGUCGGUUUCAGAAAUGCCUGAAUGUUGGAAUGCGAUUAGAAGCUGUCCGAGCCGAUCGCAUGCGAGGAGGCCGGAAUAAGUUUGGCCCCAUGUACAAGCGCGACCGAGCCCUCAAGCAGCAGAAGAAAGCGUUGAUUCGAGCCACUGGCCUCAAGAUGGAGACCACCCCUCCGAUGCUGUCCCCUGACACCCAGACAGACUACACCUUCACCGGCAGUCUCCCGGGCCUCCACCCGCUCCCCAAGGGCAUCCUCCACACCACCACGACCCCCAUCGCCCCCACAGACUACGACCGCAGCCUCUACGGACCCCCCUCACUGGGCAUGGCUAUGCCUGGACUCCCCCCCCAUGCACCCUUACCCCCCCAGUACCAGUACGCCUCCUUCCCCAGCAGGGCGAUCAAGUCCGAGUACCCGGACCACUACACAAGCUCCCCAGACUCGGUAGUGGGCAGCUACACCUACCCGGAGCAGGUAUACUCUGGACCGGGCUCUCCGCAGGUCCCCGGGGUGCCUCAGCUGGUGCUGGAGUUUCUGCGAUGUGACCCGGACGAGCUGCAGGUGCAGAGUAAGAUCGCUGCUCACCUUCAGCAGGAGCAGAGUGGCCAGGGGGGCAAGGGUCAGGAGAGACUCAGCCCCUUCAGCCUAAUGUGUCACAUGGCUGACCAGACGCUCUUCUCCAUCGUGGAGUGGGCCCGAAGCUGUAUCUUCUUCAAGGAGCUCAAGGUAGGAGAUCAGAUGAAGCUGCUUCACAACUGCUGGAGCGAGCUGCUGGUGUUGGACUUCAUCUCCAGGCAAGUCCAACACGGCAAGGAGGGCAGCGUGCUACUGGUCACAGGGCAGGAGGUGGAGCUGGCAUCCAUAGCAUCCCAGGCAGGAGCCACCCUCACAAGCCUGGUGCAGAGAGGACAGGAGCUAGUUGAGAAACUACAGACCCUACAGGCGGACCGCAGAGAAAUUGCCUGCUUCAAGUUCCUCAUCCUCUUCAACCCCGAUGUGAAGCUACUGGAGAGCCAGGCAUUCGUUGAGGGCGUCCAGGAGCAGGUGAACGGGGCUCUGCUGGAGUACACCAUGUGUGCUUACCCCCAGCACCUGGACAAGUUCAGCCGGCUGCUGAUGCGCCUGCCUGAGCUCAAGGCCUUGUCGGCACAGGCCGAGGACUACCUCUGCUACAAGCACCUGAGCGGAGAGGUGCCCUGCAACAACCUGCUCAUCGAGAUGCUGCACGCCAAGAGGGCGUGCGCUUGAGGAGGGCACACGUUUGUGUGUGUGUGUGUGUGUGUUAGUGUUUUUGACAAGAGGGAAGAGAGGAGGUGUGUGUGGGUGUCCACAUGUUAGAGAUAUAAAGUGUGAGAAAGGCAGAGGGAAGCAAGAGAGAGAGAGAGAUCACCCUUCUUGCCCCCAAAGUGCCAAUUACUGAGGUCCCGGUCUCAGCCAUUCCAGACCUCAGAUCUAACUACAGUAUGCCCGAAACCUGGACUGGAUUAAUUCAAUUCAUCACCAAGAGUGAUUCAGUUGUAGAGAAAUGCACUGAGUUGAUUCACUCACCCUUCAGAGAUUGAAAUGUGAUUUACAUUUGAAGAUGAUGAUUCACUGUGCAGGACGUAGUCAUUCUAAGAGUCAUUCAAGGAAAACGAUUGUCAGAGACCUGAUUAAUCUGCAGUUCAUAUUCAGGCAAUGAUGCACUAUAGUUGUUGAACAGAGAUGCACUGUAUUGAUUUUCAUUGCAUACAGAGAACUGAUUCAUUCUGAAUAAUUCCAUAUCAAGUUCCAAAAAACGAUCUUAUGCUAAAGACAUGCUAAUUAGUUACUUGUUAAUUAACUUGUAAUUAAAAUUCAUACUGGUUUACUCAUUAUGUAAUAUCACAGUUAAUUAACUAAUGACAAUCACUAAACAACUAAAGACAUACAUUUCAGCUGGGUAUAACCUAACUGAAGGGAUCCUAAAAGAGGAAUACCACAUCUAAAGUUAGCUGUAUGCUAAUGUUGCAUAGAUGCUAAUGCUACUAGCUAGGUUGACACAACCACAAUGACAGCAUUUUGUUUAAAGAGAGAAGAAAAAACGCUCCCGAUGCGUGUCUACGAACCUCUCUCUGAACCUUACUACUGUGCUCACAUAGCCUUACAAAUUCAGACCCCUGUUAUAUAGACUAAUAUUUAUAUUCUAAGCUGACAAUUCUCCAUUUCCAAUGCUUUUUCUUCUACUUUACUUCGGAUGAGUCUGUAUUUUAAACAUUUCGUAAGUCAAAUUUUCUCGUGUGGUUGCUUUUGAAUUCUGAUCUUUGUGUUUCCUAACAAAAAAAAUAUGAAAAAUGUAAAAGCCAUAGGGAGAUAUUGUAAUAGAAAUAUAGCUGUCACAGACUUGGUGUGUAUCAGUGCACUAGUGAAUAGGGUAGAGAGCUGAGGACAGGGAAAGAGAGAGAGAGAUGGGAGGAGGGCAGAGAGAAAGCAAUUUCAUUCUCAAUAGAGGUGACUUGCACUGUAGUUUCCCAUUUGCCAACAAGGACCCUGCUACCCCCGGUUAUGAAGUCAGAUCAACAGAAAGGUCAAAGGGCACAUGUAGAUGUGCAUGGACACAUGAGUACACAUGCAAAUAGUGUGUAUGUGUGGUACACGACAGGGAGUUGCUGUAAGGCGCGUAAUGAAAGAGAUAUGCAGCGUAGUACACCUACGCCAUCGCCACUUCCUGGCUGCACACAAACAAACACACACACACAUACACUGAGAACAAUGACACACACUCAUCCAGGUGACGAAAAGCUAUGAAGCGAGAAUCGUUCUGAAUAGACAGCUACUGUACGAAAUGUACAAAUACGAUGUUGACUACUGUAAAUUGAAAGUGGAACUGAAUACUGAAUGUCGUUGGAGACAUUCUGAACAUUUGUAUCUCUUUCUCUCGCUCUCUCUUUCUCUCGCUCUCUUUCUCUCUCUCUCUCUCUCUCUCUCUGUAGAUACAUGCUCAAUGGAAGUGAUAAAUUAACUGGAGAAAUGUAUAUACUAUACAGUAUGUAAUGAAUGUAAAUGACAUGAAAUCGUACCCAUUAAUGAAUGGUUAACGUUUUGGAUGCAGCCCUGAAACUCAUAACAUACAUUUGAUAUCAAUGGUAUAAGUUAUGGCAUGUGUGUGCACGCAUGUGCGUGUGUGUGUGUUUACACACCUGUGCCGUUGAGUGGGUAAGAGUUCUUAGAAUAUAGUACCUUAAUGAUGUGGCAAGGACCUCUACUAAAAUGGACUUAAUCUUUGCCUGAUAGAAAAGAACCAUUUACAGUUUAUCCAGACCAGAAGACAAUCACCACAACUACAUAUUGAAUGUGUAUUUUCCCAAUAAAAGUUGCCUCUGCAAUGCUUUUACUGUUUUGGGAAUUGAAAUUGAGUCUUUCACUAACUUGCACUCCCACUCCCCAAUAAAUGCUUUCUGUUUGGGCCUUGCCCCUGGACGCUGGACGCUGGCCCCUGGCCCAUUGCCCCUGGACCCUUGCCCCUUGCCCAUUGCCCCUGGACGCUGGCCCCUGGCCCAACACUCUAUAUUCCCUUGCUGAACUUUCCUCUAUUAUUGAUAAUGUUUAUUAUGUUAAAGUUGCUACAUCCAUUUUCGGACAUAAACAUUCAUGAUAUGACCCAUUGAUUCUUGAAGAAUGUAACUUAUAAAUGCCUCUUCAGCUUAGUUCCACUGUCAUACCCCAUCAAAAAACCCAAAAUAAGUUUGCUUUACGCCAACAAAUGUAAACAAACACUGUGUAGCCUCAAAACAUGGUUAACACUUUUAUUUUCAUAUCAUAGAUGGCUAGUCCUUGCAUCCAUAGCUAUGUCUAUGAAUUUGAGAUUGGUAACAAUUUCUCCAGCCCCUCCCUCAGCUUUUUGCCAAAACAGUGGCAUGGAGUGCUUUAUUAUUGUUUCAACUGCUGAUUGCUCCUUUAAGUGGAGCAGACAUUUACUGCCUUGCACUGUGUGAUCUGGACAUAUGUGACCUCAUUUGUCUGAUACUUGUUUAUAUAGCUUGAUUCAAUCACAUGAUGUGUUCAUUUUGGUUAAUCCAUCUGACUGUGCUUAAUUGUAAUUGUUUCAAACCAAUAAAAGCUCAUUAUUUAAAACUG